CUCAGUGACUCACUGACUGCAACUGACUCGGCCUCUCGCCUCGCAUCAGUUAGUUGCCCGCGGGCAGCAGCAUCCAUCGCUAAUCGCCGUCGUGUGACUCGUCAACCUGGCCUUUCGGCUCCGUCGCCGCCUUGCAGCUCCUCAUGCAUCAUUCCCAGCAUCCCCCAGCCGGCCGCCGUCGCCAAAGCCCACCGCGCCGGCAAUAUCGCUUCAGUCGCUCGCUCUCUUCCAAAAGAGCAAAAAUAGGUACGUAAGCCAUGCCACCCUCUCCGCCUCGGCCUUUAUGCCCUCCCUCCGUCAUUUUUUCGGCCUUGUCCGACUGCUUUCUUCGGGAGGGGCAUCUCACGCCGUGUCGCCCACGCCGGCCCACGCAGAAAGCGCAGUAGCGAGGUUUGCAGUAGCAGAGAUAUAUAUGCGAUGUGCCGCGAGGGAGAGUGACGCUUCUCCAUCCACGAGAUAACGACGACACGAAAGUACGACUGCCGUGGCACACGACAGCCAAGAAGCCGAAGGCACUCACCCCCCACACACACACUCGGCAUCCCGACCCACCACCACCAUGAGCUCAACACCACAACCACAACCCCAGGCUGGGCCAUCGAGCCAGCCCGACGCUUUGUCCAGACCACCGUCCCGCAGCACGCGACGACCCCAACCCGCCCGCCAGCUCUCCGACAACGCACUGACCCGCACCCCCUCCUCGCACUCCUUCCACGCAGGCCACAGCCUGCGCCGGAUGGCGACGCACGAGACGGGCGAAUUUGUCGACGUGCGCGCCGACGGCGCGCGGAUGAGCACGCACGACGAGCACGACGGCGAGCACGAAGACGGCGCGAGCGUGUCGUCUCAGUCCCGAACGCAACACAAGGACGAAGAAGCGGCGAUUGAGGCUCACGGCAAGGGCGGAAGCGACUCACGCGACGCCAACCUUGCCGCCUCGGCCAAACCCGAUGACGGCGACCACCACGACGACAAGUACGCGCUGCAGGACCAGACGAACCUCCUGCCUUGGAAGCAGGUGGCUGUGAUUUUCGUCGGGCUGAACUGCGCCCUGUUCUGCAGCUUGCUCGACCAGACAAUCGUAACCACCGCCCUCCCCACCCUCGGCCGCGUGUUCAAUCAGGCCUCGAUCGCGAGCUGGGUCGGCACGGCGUACAUGCUGACGUCUACGGCGCUGCAACCCGUCUACGGCCGCCUGUCCGACAUCUUCGGGCGCAAGUCGGUCCUGCUGGGCAGCCUGACCAUCUUCUUCUUCGGCUCGCUCGCGUGCGCGCUGGCACGCACCAUGAUCCAGCUCAUCAUCUUCCGCGCGAUCCAGGGUGUGGGCGGUGGUGGCAUCUUGACACUGGCGAUGAUCAUCAUCUCCGACGUCGUGUCGCUUAAAGACCGCGGAAAGUACCAAGGCAUCACGGGCGGCGUCGUCGCCAUCGCCAACUCUGCCGGCCCCAUCCUCGGCGGCAUCUUCACGGAAAAGGUCACUUGGCGGUGGUGCUUCUACAUCAACCUCCCGCUCACCGCCCUCGCCAUCAUUGUCAUCGUCUUCCUCCUCCCGCUGAAAAAGGUGCACGGGAGCAUGCGGGAGAAGCUCGCAAAGCUCGACUACUACGGCUCGCUGCUUACCCUUGCUUGGGCGGUGCUCGUGCUCCUUGCCCUCUCGUGGGGUGGCACCGAACACCCGUGGUCCUCUGCCGCCGUCAUCGCACCGCUCGUCAUUGGCGGUAUCCUCCUCUUCGUCUUCAUCUUUGUCGAGGCGCGCCUCGUCCCCCUCCCCCUCAUCCCCAUGUACAUCUUCCGCAACAAGACCGUGGCCGCGUCCAUGGCGACAACGUUCGCCAACGGCGCAGCAUUCUACGCCACGCUGUACUACCUCCCGCAGUACUUCCAGGUCGUGCGUGGCGAGUCGCCUAUCCAGUCCGGCGUCCACAUGCUCCCCCUCGUGUUCGUCCAGGUCUUCUUCUCCUUCUCCUCCGGCUUCCUCGUCUCCAAGACGGGCGACUACAAGUGGAACCUCAUGGCUGGGUUCUUCAUCUGGACGAUCGGCCUCGGGCUGCUUAGCACACUGCACCCCGACACGUCGAUGGCGCGCAUCUACGGCUUCCAGGUCCUUGUCGGCGUUGGCGCGGGCCAGACGUUCCAGACCUCCCUCAUCGCCAUCCAGGCCUCGGUCGAGCGCAAGGACAUGGCCACAGCGACAGGGUGCCGCAACUUCCUCCGCAUGCUCGGCGGCACCGUCGCGCUCGCGGCGUGCACGGCGAUCGUGAACAACAUUGCGCGGGUACGCAUGGCGGGAGAUGGGUUCGACGCCAAGCUCGUGUCCGAUAUUCUCUCCAGCCCGACCGAACUGGCGGUUCUCGGCCUCGACGCCGCGCAGAUCGAGCUUGUCCGUGCCGCCUACAGCAAGGGCAUCAACGCGUGCUUCUACUUCUGCGUGCCGCUCGUCGGCGCGUGCUUCUUCAUUACCGUCUUUUUCAUCGACCGCGUCAACCUCAAGCGCGAGGACGACGCAAAGCUCAAGGCGGAGGCCAAGGCCUGGGUCGCCGAGCAGAAGGAGCGCAAGCGCCACGGGUCGCAGCACGGCUCGCGACAUGCGUCCAGCGAGACGGUCCACGUCCCCACCGAGAAGGCCGAGGUCAAGCCGUCCCCGCCGGCGAGUGAGCGGACCCUCAACGAGGGGGGCGGCGGCGAGCUUAAGCGCGUCAAGAGUGCCGCGAGCGAGCUCGAGGCAGCGGCAAAGGGCCUCGAGGAAGCCGCCGGCGUUGCGACCGAGUCAACACCUACACCACGCACAUAAUCUGUAGAAUCUAGA